AUGCCUGUCUGCUUCUGGGCAUCACUGACGCGACGCACCAUUUUCACGCCGCGAGCUGUCUCGGUCUUCUCAACGUCUUUGCAGUCGCAAGCACCAAUUACAAGGAAAUUUAGCACAAUGGCACCCCGCUCGACCAAGCGCAAGGCCAGCGCUGCGCCUGCAGCGAAAGCAAACGGUAGCAAGAAAGCCAAAACGACGGAUUACGACGACGAGCUUCGAGAGCCGCACCAUGCGGCUGAUAUUGCAGAGAAACACGGGAUCGUCCUUCGCGAUUAUUACCCACCAGAGAUGAGCAACACAAGAGCACGCGCCUAUGCUGAAGAGGCACUUCACCGGCCUAUGGAGAAUCUGGUGAUAGCCCAGCGCGAGACGUCAGAGGCUAUGAAGAAAGCUGCCAAAGGCGAAGCUGUUGCGCACUGGUUCAAGACUGAUUUGCGGUGCGCCGACAAUACCUCACUCGCCCUAGCCGCUCAAAAGGCAAAGGAGCUGAAUGUUCCGCUUCUCUGCUUUUACUUGGUCAGCCCGCAAGACUUCAAGGCUCAUCUCAGAUCACCAGUACGCGUGGAUUUUAUUCUCCGCACUCUGAAAAUAUUGAAGGAUGACUUGGCGAAACUGGAUAUUCCGCUGUACAUCGAAACUGUGGAAGAGCGCGCCAAGAUCCCUGCACGUGUGCUUGAGUUGCUUGAUUCAUGGGGCUGCAAUCAUUUGUGCGCGAACCUAGAGUAUGAGGUUGAUGAGCUCCGUCGCGAGACCAAGCUAUUGAGGCUACUGGCUGGAAAGAACAAGUCGUUCGAGGCCGUGCACGAUACCUGUGUGGUUCCACCGGGUCAGCUUCGAAGCGGUACGGGCAACCAGUACGCGGUGUAUACACCCUGGUAUCGCUCAUGGAUGGCUCACAUCCACUCAAAUCUCGACUUGUUAGAAUUACACGACGUUCCACCCAAGAAUCCAGCCUCAGUACGAAAAGCGUUCAUGAAGAUCUUUGACUGCGAAAUACCGGCUGCUCCGAAAGGAAAGGAACUGUCCGCGGAAGAGAAGAAGCGUUUCCAUUCACUUUGGCCCUGCGGCGAGCAUGAAGCCAAGGCCCGCUUAGACAAGUUCUGUGAGGAGCGCGUUGGUGAGUAUAGCGAGCAGAGGAAUAUCCCGAGCCACAAUGGCACGUCGAGCCUCUCUAUCCACUUGGCCAGCGGCACAAUCAGUGCGCGAACUUGCGUGCGUACCGCAAGAGACAGGAAUAAGACAAAGAAGUUGGACGGCGGCCUUGAUGGGAUCAAAGUUUGGAUCAGUGAAGUCGCAUGGAGAGACUUCUAUCGCCAUGUCUUGGUUAGAUGGCCACAUGUUUGCAUGAACAAGCCGUAUAAGCCGGACUACGCAGAUAUCGAAUGGUCAUAUGACACCGAUCACUUCAAGGCCUGGUGUGAGGGCAAAACUGGGUUCCCCAUUGUGGAUGCUGCCAUGCGACAGCUGAACCACACAGGUUACAUGCACAACCGAUGCCGCAUGAUUGUGGCGUCGUUCCUUUCUAAGGAUCUUCUUAUUGAUUGGCGAAUGGGUGAAAAGUACUUCAUGGAGCACCUCGCAGAUGGCGAUUUUUCAAGCAACAACGGCGGCUGGGGCUUCAGCGCCAGUGUUGGAGUCGACCCGCAGCCGUACUUUCGCAUCUUCAAUCCACUUCGACAGAGCGAACGAUUCGAUCCUCAGGGUGAGUACAUCCGCGAAUGGGUGCCAGAGUUGAAAGACUUCGACAACAAAGAGAUUCAUGACCCGUAUAAUCGCGGCGCAGGAGAUAAGGCAAAGAAGAAUGGAUAUCCAAAGGCGAUUGUCGAACACAGUGAAUGUCGGACUCGGGCUCUGGCGGCGUACAAGGCGGCUGUGGCAUAG